GCAGCAGAGGAAAAAAAAAAAAGCACAAGGAGGUGUGUGGGGGGGGGAAACAAACUACUUAUUUCCACGAGAAAAGCUUUUGUCGGAAGGAGGUCGGGGGAGCUGCGAGGAAGGAGGGUGAUUAUUUGACAGUGCGAGGCGGAGCAGCGGGGCUCGGAGUGAGGGGACGUGUACGCCACUCAGCGCUUGCCGCUACACUUGUGCAGAAACCGGAGGAGAGACCCGCUGACUUUCUCCCGCUUCAUUUCCGCCUAACGUCCCAGUAUCCAACCCGAACUGGUGCCCGGACCGCGUGGGGGCGGGGGGGGAAGAAAAAAAACCCCAGAAACCCCCGACGAGUUCCAUGAGACCUGCUUUUGGAUAACGGCUGGAAUCAAAUGUAAAGAAACUGGAGUGAAAACAACUAACAACCAAGGGCGGAGACAACACAGACCACAGGAGGCCUAGGGAAAUCAUUAACCGCACACAAACACAUACAAUAUGACUGGCUGGAUCCCACUCCACCCUCCGUGCCCUUGAGACUGACAUCCACCGCCAGCCCCGGCCCUAGUGCCUGCAGAUUUACCCCAACAGGACCUCCAACAACCUUCCAUAUCCUGCAGUGUCACAGCAGCCUCGAAGGGGGGCAACUCCUUCUGGAGACCCCACUUCCUCCCCAAACCCCAGGAACGGGACCCUGCCAUGUUUCACUGACUGACCCUUCCCGACCGGCGAAUGACAAGUGUGCAUCCGAGGGUGGGGCUUGCCUCAGUCUCUCAUGAUUGGCUGCUGGAUGGAAUUAAGGUGAAUGGAACACGUUCCCGAGGAGCAGGACCCUAACCCAUCAGAGGGAGAAGAGAAACGGUGGCUCAAUGGCCCGAAAAGGAAGAGGAAGAACAGCCAAUGUUCGGUGAAGAGUAUGACUGGGUACAUCCCCAGCUACCUCGAAAAGGAUGAGCCAUGUGUGGUGUGUGGUGACAAGGCCACAGGUUACCACUAUCGCUGCAUUACCUGCGAGGGCUGCAAGGGUUUCUUCCGUAGGACCAUUCAAAAGAACCUCCACCCCUCCUACUCCUGUAAGUACGAUGGCUGCUGCAUCAUCGACAAGAUUACCCGCAACCAGUGUCAGCUCUGCCGCUUCAAGAAGUGUAUUGCAGUGGGCAUGGCCAUGGACUUGGUGCUGGAUGACUCAAAGCGGGUGGCUAAACGACGCCUGAUCGAGGAGAACAGGGAGCGACGCAAGAAGGAGGAAAUGGUCAAAACCCUCCAGAACCGUCCAGAACCCACCGGGGACGAGUGGGAGCUGAUCCACCUGGUGACGGAAGCCCACCGACACACCAAUGCUCAGGGCACACAGUGGAAACAGAAGCGCAAAUUCCUGCCAGACAAAAUCGGCCAGUCCCCGGUUGCGCCCACGUCUGACGGAGACAAGGUGGACCUGGAGGCCUUCAGCGAGUUCACCAAGAUCAUCACUCCUGCCAUCACCCGUGUCGUCGACUUUGCCAAAAAACUGCCCAUGUUCUCUGAGUUACCUUGUGAAGACCAGAUCAUCCUGUUGAAGGGCUGCUGCAUGGAGAUCAUGUCACUGCGAGCCGCAAUGCGCUACGACCCAGAGAGUGAGACACUGACGCUGAGUGGGGAGAUGGCUGUGAAGCGUGAGCAGCUGAAGAACGGCGGGUUGGGCGUGGUGUCGGACGCCAUCUUCGAUCUGGGAAAGAACCUGGCACAGUUCAACCUGGAUGACACUGAGGUGGCGCUGUUGCAGGCCGUGCUGCUCAUGAGCUCAGAUCGUUCUGGCCUGACCUGCAUGGACAAGAUCGAGAAGUGCCAGGAGACCUACCUGCUGGCGUUUGAGCACUACAUCAACUACCGCAAGCACAACAUUCCCCACUUCUGGCCGAAGCUCCUCAUGAAGGUGACAGACCUGCGGAUGAUCGGGGCUUGCCACGCCAGCCGCUUCCUUCACAUGAAGGUGGAGUGUCCCAACGAACUCUUCCCCCCGCUCUUCCUGGAGGUCUUCGAGGACCAGGAAGUGUGAAACACAGUUGCCACCACGCAAAGGGAUAAGGAAGUUGGGGCAAACCGGAAGAUGGGAAGGGACAUCAUUUUUAUAGGGGAAGGAUGGAGGGAGAGUCCUCUUGUCAGGAAUCUGCAUUUCUCCAACAUCACAUUUACAGUAUGUGGUUUAAAAACUGGAACCAACAAUAACAGAAACAACACACCAGCAACAGGAGAGUCACGCAAACUGAGGAUUUUGUUUUUUAAACAACCUCUCCUCCACCUCUUUCUCCACCUUUUCCUUACCCCUGUUUUAAAAUCUGUGUGGGGGCCCUUCUGUCUGAGCAUGAUGUCUUAUCUAGUAAGAGUUGUAGCCAUUUGCCAAGACACAUACACAGAUACACACAACACACACACCGACACAGCCACAGCCUGUUCCACCUCAGUUCCUCAGAGCAGCGCUCUUUGCAGGGGUCCGUUCCCCCUCUCUGGUUCUUUUUAGCGGUCACAGAUCUACACAUUUUGAAGCCCAUGCUUCCAGCUUUCAUGCUGGCCAGCACCUCUCAGUAUUAUUUUUGAAUAACUGUUAAGGCAGUAAUUUAGAAAAAUAUGGACAUUAGUGGCAUAUUAUUGCUCACAUUCAUGCAAACACACAAUCAGCGAACACUGCACAGUGAAAUUCAGCAGAUGCUUUAAGCAUUACUCUGGUGUAUAAUAGCUGUAGUAAAGCAGAGAUACCAGACCUAGCUCAUUAUCAAUUCCUCAACUCAAUCUGAGCCGUUACAGCAGUUUUUAGAGCUUCUUCUUCUUAGAUCCCAGUGAAACCGGUGCUAUAUUUAUAUAAGGCUACUCCAGUUUUAUGAAAUUGUGUUGUCUACCUUUGAAAAAUGUGCAGACCAUGGCUCCAUAUCUACCUUCAUUUGUGUCAUUGGACCGGCUCCUGUGACAUACACACACACACG